AUGCGUAAAAGAAAGCGCACACGCUCGAUCUCGAGCACGGAAGACGUAGGCAACACCACCAACGAUGAUAACAAAAAAGUGGUGGAAAAUGGGGCGCGUGAUGUUUCCAGCAUUGAGAGUGAGGCGUCGUGUGAACCAACACGGCCUUUGGGUGUAUUCAUUUGGAGUGACGUGAGCGUGGUGUUAUAUGCCUGUAUGCUAAAACAGUUGCAUUAUACGUGCGGCGUUCUUGCUAUAGAGCGGUCAAGGGAUGUGCGCCAAAAUAUGAUUUAUGCAUUGAAAUCACGUCUAGUAUCCUUUUGGGAGGCUGAGACAGCAAUGCUGAGCGCCAUAGAGCAGGAGAAGCUUGGUAGGGUUUUUCAUUCUCACGUCAAUGCCAUGUUGGAGCGUUUCUCAUCAUUGGUUGCUGCAGACAUGACGGGACGUGACCUUUGUCAUGCGUUUUUACAGGUACUUGACGUGUUUGGGUUCCCUGAAGAGGAGAGUGCCGAGGAGUCGUUACUAGUUGCGAAUAUGCGGAAGAACGCCGAUCCUCACGCGUAUUCGUACCAGGAGCGAACAUCACAUAAACUAAGCGUUUUGCCACGUUAUGAAGGGGAUCGUCGAACCGAGGAACAACAUCGCUUGCCGCGUUUGGGAAGUGUCGUCCAGCUUCCCUCUCCUCACCCACAUUCAGAGAUCAACACGGAUGUUCAGUUGAUUGAACCAAGGAAGCGUCGUCCUCCACUCGACGAAAAUCGCAUCUUUUCUCAUCCAAAGAAGGCGACUUCCUCCGGAAUGGAGGACAUCCUCGUCGACGAAGAGCUGCGCUACCGCUCCCUUGUGGUACU